UUAUACGAAUAUUAGCCAAUUUCACAAGCUUUAACACUUCCAUUGAUGGAAAUGGAUUUGAAUGCUCAAGUGAAGAAGGCAUGUUUCUUGCAAAGGCUUAAGGAUUUCCCUAGCAAGCUCAAAGACGGGGUCACCAAGCGCAUAAAGCAUGUGCAAAAGUUUGGGAAAGAUGACCCAAGAAGGAUCAUCCAUUCCAUAAAAGUGGGACUUUCUCUCACAUUAGUUUCAAUGUUGUACUAUGUAAGGCCACUCUAUAAUAGCUUUGGGGUUUCGGGUAUGUGGGCAAUACUAACCGUAGUCGUGGUCUCCGAGUUCACUGUUGGUGGGACACUUUCAAAAGGUUUAAACAGAGCUUUCGCAACAUUAAUAGCCGGUGCCUUAGGGGUUGGUGCAGUACACCUUGCUCGAUUGUGUGGACACAAAGGAGAGCCUAUUGUUCUUGGGAUAUUAGUGUUCUCACUAGGUUCAGCUGUGACAUUUUCGCGGUUUUUCCCAAGGAUUAAACAGAGAUAUGACUAUGGUGCCUUGAUAUUCAUACUUACAUUUAGCAUGGUUGCUGUUUCGGGGUACCGUACAGAUGAAAUAUUGGUUAUUGCAUAUCAAAGACUAUCGACUAUUCUCAUUGGUGGAACAAUAUGCAUCCUUGUGUCGAUCUUCGUUUUUCCUGUAUGGGCAGGCGAAGAUCUUCACAAGCUGGUUGCUAACAACAUUAUCAAACUCGCUAACUCCUUAGAAGGUUUCGAGGGUGAAUAUUUUCCAUCAUCCGAGAAGACUUCAAAGGAGACAAACUCGAGCGUUCGAGAGUACAAAAGCAUUCUAACAUCAGAAAGCACUGAAGAUACUUUGACGAAUCUUGCGAGAUGGGAACCAGGACAUGGCCGAUUCAGGUUACGCCAUCCAUGGACAAAGUACUUUAAGAUCGCAGGACUCGUUCGCCAAUGCGCCAUUCAUUUCGAAGUUCUCAAUGGCUGUGUUCUCUCUGACGCUAAGGCACCGCCAGACUUCAUAAGCAAGAUUCAAGAGCCAUGCUCGAUUAUGAGCAGAGAAGCUGGCGAAGCCCUAAAAGACAUAGCCAAAUCUAUCAAAACAAUGAGCAGAUACCAUGUUUGUGUGAAUACACACAUUAAAAACUCCAAAAAUGCCAUAGAAAACCUAAGGCUUGCACUCAAAUUAUCUUUCCCGGAGACAGAGAAAGAUCUCUUGGAGAUCAUUCCAGGAGUCACAAUGGCGUCAACAUUGAUCUACAUCGUGAAUUACGUCGAGAAGAUCUCUGAGGCUGUGGAAGAACUUUCAGUUCUGGCACACUUUAAAGAGACUCUGGAUCCAAAAUUAUCACCGGAGUUAGGACAACAUCACCUACUUCAUAAGGGAACUGUAAAGCCUGUUCUAGAGGGUGACAACGAGGAAGAAUGCAAUAACUCUCCUCAUGUUGUUAUCGCAAAUCAUAAUGAACAGCCACCAACAGUCAACGAAAAUAAUGUUAACUUGGGAGCAGAGAAGACGACAGUUGUUGUCGUGUAA